GAGCUGCAGUGUACGUCGGAUGGAAAAAACGAGCUAGGAGAUACGUGGGGGAAUGACGACGAGAGAAGGUCUGGGGAGGAGUUUGGAUUAUUCAAGGUCUUUACGAAAAGCGAGAGUCAACACUGGGAGCGCACAGACCAGUUGGGAUCUUCCGCCUUUCAGAUUGAUUGUCUUCCCCAUUCACCUUUGAAUCUCCAAUUGAGCUUGUUCUCAUUGUCUAGGCUGUCAAUUACAAUGUUUCAUUCAAUUCGUUUCUCUUCACGUGUGCCAGCUCGUCUGGUACGUUGGAACUCCACGGGUCCGGUUCUGCCACCCUUGAUGGCUACUUUGCGGACUGACCUGAAAAUUGCUAUGCGAGCCAAGGAUACUACAAGACUCAAUGUGCUUCGCGCUUUGAUUUCCGAGACCAACAAUGCUGCCAAAACCGCCUCGCCGAUCCAAACAGACAUCCAGCUCUUGUCGCUCAUCCGGAAACGCUUGAGUGCUGCAAAAGAUGCAGCCAAGGAGUUUGAGGCUGCUGAACGGCCAGACUUGAAGGAGAAGGAGGAUGCACAGGUUGUUGUGUUGGAGGAGUAUGCUGGGCAGGUCAAGACUCUUCCCGUCGCCGAGAUUAAGGAAAUUGUCUCCAACGAGAUCAGUGCUAUGAUGAAUGCCAACACAAAACCCAACCAAGGAAGCGUGCUCAAAGCUCUCUUUGCAGCAGGGGGUCCGCUGGAUGGCAAGCCAGUUGACCGCAGAGAAGUGGCCGCCGAGGUGAAAAGCGCGCUUUCUUGA